AUGCAGGUGGCGCUUCUGACGGCAGCGGAGGCGGACGACGCGCUCCUGCUGCAGCUGCGGGAGGCGGGCAGCCUCAAGAAGGCCUCCCUGCCUCAGCUGCGCGCCGCGCGCGACUUCCUCGCCGACGGAGAGGUGGGCUGGGCUGAGCUCGCGGCUCGCCACGGAAUUCUCCAAUCCGCAGGGGCAUGGGACGCGACCAUCAAGCUCGCACGCCGCAUCGGCUGGCUGCGGCCGCCCGCCGCAGCCGUCGACGAGGCGGAGCCUGCCACGGCGGCAGUGCUCUCGAACAUGCAGCUCCUGCUGCAAGUCGCCACCGCCGGGGGAGGCUCCUCCUCCCGCUCCGAGACGGCGAUCGCGACGGUUGCGAUCGCCGCCGAGCUGCUUGGCGACCCCGGCCUCAACAUUCCCGCCGCGUGCGUGCGGCACGGGGUCACCAUCGGCCAUCUCGGGUCGGGGCGCAAGUCCGCGCGAGAGCGCGCCGAGCGCACGCGUGCGGCGUUGGUCGAGCUGGGCCUAACAGACUGGGAGGCGCUCAAGAGGCAAUGGGCGGUGAAGCUCGACCGGCCGGCCGUCAAGGCGCUGCAGCAGCGCCACCGCGUCUCGGUGGCCGAGGCGGCGCGCGCGCUGCACGCGGCGGCGGGCGACGAGGCGGCGGCGGGGGCGGCGCUGCUCUCGCAAAAGCGCUCGGCGAGUCUGGAGGCGGGCGACGCGCCGCCAGAGGAGGAGUCG